AUGCUUCUGAUAAUUUUAAACGUGCUUUUGUCUGCUCCCGUCCGAGUGUCUGCUCUCUGGGCUUGUGUCCGUUUAUGUCCUCCUGCUUGCACUUGCACCCGAGAACGGAACUGCGCUGUUCUUUGCGACCGAUCUGGGAUAUCGCAAGUCCUCAGGGAGUUCCCAUGUGAAGCCUCCGCUAUCAACUUGGAUAAAAACAGUAUCAGGUUUUUGUCAGAAAAGGCCUUUGGCACUCUUCCCGCUCUCCGAUCUUUGUCACUUGACCACAAUAACAUCUCUUUCAUCACCCCGGGAGCAUUUAAAGGGCUGCCUAAUCUCAGUGAAUUGAAACUGGCGCACAACGAGUACAUCAGAUAUCUGCAUACCAGGAGUUUCACUGGCCUUAAACGCCUAGUGAAACUCGAUUUGUCCGACUGUAAUCUGUUUAAUAUUCCAGACCGCAUUUUCACAGCAGCGACUUCUCUACAAGAGUUGCAAAUGUGGCAGAACAAUUUCAGAAGAAUACCCGGAGCAGUGAGGGGUAUGGACAGCUUGGCCCGUUUGUAUUUGGAGCGAAACAGGAUCGAAGCAGUGGCUUACAACUCUCUACAGGGGCUAGUCAAUUUGAAAUAUCUCAACCUUCAAGAUAACAAAAUCGCAGUAAUCCACGACAAAGGAUUUAAAGACUGUGUGAAACUGGAAUAUCUGUACCUUAAUGACAAUCUUCUGAACAAUCUUCCCGAGUUUGCAUUUAAAGAGCUCAGGCUGUUGAAGAUGCUAAACUUGGGGGGAAAUUUCCUGGUGAACGUGUCCAGCACCUGGUUUAGCGAACUCCUUGAAUUAGAAGUUCUUUAUCUGGACAGAAAUGAAAUCACUUACAUUGAAGAAGAGGCUUUUGAAAACUUGACCAGUUUGAUCUCCCUGCACCUGAACAGCAAUAACCUGACCAGACUCCCCUUCUCAGUCUUUCAGCCGGUGUACUUCAUAGGAAGACUCUAUCUGUUCAGGAAUCCGUGGGAAUGUGAUUGCAGGAUGGAGUGGUUGAAGGAAUGGAUGGAAAACUACAAACUCGUUCGAGAUAUCCCGUGUGCCUCUCCGGAGUCCGUAGCCGGCAUGGAUUUAAGUAAGGUCCCCUUCAGCAAAUCCGCAGAAGGUGCUUGCUUGGAACCAGCAGAACUGAAUCUGACAACAUACACACCAGCGAUCCCAGAAUGGCCCCGAUCCACCACGGAGAACAGGUUCAGCAGCCUUAUCUCUAAAUUUCUCUUCCCAAAAAUGUUUGAGACUGAAAACACCACUGAAAUGUUUAGGAAUGUGUCAGACCCAACCGGAAUUGAUGAGGAAAUAUCUGCAGCCGCUAACGUCGAACGACAUCAGGUCAAAAGACUCAUUCAAACCCUUGUUUUAGUCAUUAUAUUUUAUAAUAUUUGA